AUGAAAACCGAGGAAGACGAGGCCCCGGCAUUCCCAACUUCAGGAUCUGAGGAUGAUGAUGAUGGGCGUGUUGACGUCGAUGGUGAUACUUGUGGUCAUGGCCAUGCCCAUAUCUGUGGCAGUGGCGAUGGAGGUGAUUCUAUUUUCGUUGCACUGGUGGACAAGUUUGUAGAAGUGCCACAGGUGCAGGUCCAAGAAGUGGUCCGACAUGUGCCGAAGCUGGAGGUGCACGAGGUCGUCCGUGAGGUCCCAAAGAUUCAAAUGGAGUACCGGGAAAGGACACUCCUCUGCAUGACAGGUGCUGCAGAUGGUGUGGUGCUCGAAGAGGUGAUUGCUUUGCUCGCUCUGGUCUCCAGGCAGACGGAAGACGCGGUGAAGCGAGCCGGUGUCAUAGAAACGCUUCGAGCCUGUGACACAUUGGGUCUCCUCAAGGGACACCCCAUUCUCCAGCGGCUUUUCCUGGAUAUGUACGAUGAGACGAAACGGAACCGCUUGCUGACCUCCAGCCGCGGCUCCUCUGCUGAGGGCAAGCCUCCUGUGGCAGUGGACGCGGUUGCCUCAGGUGCCGAUCGUCCCUCCCAGGGGGUGUCACCUGAAGCUUUGGACGUCGAGAUGGUGGAGCCGGCGGAUUCGGCGGCUGAUGGCGACUUUGCCAUGGUGGACCCCACCCCUGGGGAUGGGAGCGCGGUUGCCUCAGGUGCCGAUCCUCCCUCUCAGGGGGUGCCAUCGGCUGAACCUGAGGUGGCUCUCUCAGAGCCGGGCUUUAUCGACUCGGCCAGUGGCUCCUGGGUCCUGGCGGACAAGGCGCCUUCGAUCACGGUGCCUAGCACCUCGGGAGACUACGCCUGGGUGGAACAUGAAGACGUCGAGCUUCUCCAGGCUUGGGUGCAAGAGCAGCUUGACGCGGCAAAAGACCCUCAGACGGUCCUGCCGCACAUCGAAGAUCGGGUCGUGAUGUUGCAGAAGGAGCUCCCGUUUUUCUCGGUCAUGGACUUGUUUAGCAAGUCCCACCCAUGGUGGGAGGCAGUGUGCAGAUGGUACUGCACCGUCCCGGAAGAGGUGGGCAUGGUGAAAGGCCAAAAGCUUUCAAGCACAGUCUUGGCCAGAUGGAACUGCCUUAGACGGGAGGACCGUGUGAAGAUCCUCUCUCAUGUGGACGCCACUUCUAAGGAGUUCCACCAGGACCCGAGUCAGUUCGUGAGCGGCUUGAUGCACAUGAAGCACAAGCUCCCUUUUAAGAAUGUCGGCACGAUCAUCCUCUCCCUGCCGUCCCUGACGAAAGACGAGCUGCUGGGCUCUGACAGAGCGGUGGUCCAGUGCGUGGACGCCAGCAAGGCGGUAUACAGGCUGGUCUCCCCGGAGGUGAUGCCCGACCGCUUCUUCCGCAGUGACGUCGCGACCAUCCUCCGUUCCCUCCCGAAGUUGGUGGUGGAGAAGAUGGUGGCCGCUGUGGAGUCUGAGGACUCGGGGCUCUUCGAGGAUGCGAUCCUGAACAUCGGGGGCCACCUCCGCAGCAGAGUGGCUACGCUCCGCCAAGAGGAAAUCCUCAAGAAGCAGGGCCAAGGGUUUGGCACAGCUACGGUGCCCAGGGCCUCGACCGCGCCCUUGCCUUACAUCUGCUCGGACCCUGGCUGCGGGGGUAGGUUUGCUGCUGCCCUCAGGGUUCGGUGCUUUCUUUGCAACAAGAUGGUUCUGCCUGUCAGGGAAGCCAAUGCUUCUAUCGAGGCCCCGGCCCCGGAUGGAUCCUCCUGGCGCUUGGUGGAGGGUGCGUGGCAGAACACCUCGAACAGCUUCAGGGAGGACUUCAAGUACAAGUUCGGCAGGCCCCAGACGGAAUAUGAAAGGAAGUUGCCGGGCCCUGCUCUCUCCGCUGCCAUCAACGCUGCCGGUCCGAUGGGGGAAGCCUCCUCACCCGGUCCGGUUGCCUCAGGUGCCGCUGGCCGGGGGGAGGUGGCCUACUCUUCGGAGGACCUGGCUCAGAAGAUGGAGGAUGGCCCGGAGCAGAAGCCUCAUGAAGUCGGCGUGGUCUUUAGCCCGGACAUGGCCAACGCCCGCAUCACCCUUGAGGAUGCGGCCCAACAGGCCGAGGGGGCGGCUACCUUUGCCGAGGCUGUGAACCUGGAGAACAAGAGUCCUCCGGGCGGCUGCGGGGGCUGCCCUGGCAGUGCUCCAGUGAACCAAGGAGCGGAUAUCUUCACCUGUUGCGAGAGGGAUGCACUCCCGCUCCUCCUUGUGGUCCAGAAGGGUGAGAUGGCCCACGUCUUGAAGGAGUAUGCGGAUGUGCCCACGGUCAGGACUGUCCUGACCAAGCUUGGCGUGGCGAUCUGCAACCUCAGGACGCUGAUGGAGACCCCGGACCAGAAGAACACAACGCUCCUGGACGUGGUCCCGGGGGGGGAGGUCGCCAAGAACAUUUUCGAUCAUCUGGACUGCUCCUCCCCACUGGGCGUCCUUCAGGCUCACGCUGAGGGGAACCUCCUGGAAUGUUACCAAGGUGGAGGCGACGGCGGGGGGCAUCUUUGUGAUCUCCUACCUCGACGGCAUGUCAGUGGAGGCCAGCUUUGGGCCUGGGGUCGAACCGGUCCCGGCGACGGCAGAGGGGGACACCCCGGUUGCUUCAGGUGCCGAUGGGUGGACCCCGAAGCCGGAGCGGCCGCCCACGGACCGGGACAUCGCAAUGGAAAACCUCAAGCAGUUGGAGCAGGCGGCUAUGAGGGCACCGUGGACGCGGCGGAAGAGGUCGCUAAGACAGCACUCCUCCCUGGCAAAAGGGCGGUCGCCAAUAUGGCUCAGGUCUCUACCGCCACGUUGGAGGCCAACCUCAGAGGGACCAACCAGGGCCAGGGCCUUCUUGCGGCGAUGCGUAGGACAUUGGCGCCCCGAGAGAUGACCUUUGACAAAGAAGAGAAAGCCAAGCGGGAGGAGAACAAGAAGCGCAACGCGGAGCAGCUUCAAGACCAUUUUGUCUACACUCCGGUUGUCCAGCAGCCCAGCCUCUGGAGCAGGGAGCUGGUCGAGCUGGUGGAGCGCCAUUCGGAAGGGGUCACGGGGGAACUCUCAAGUUUCCAGGAAAGGGACCCAGAUGUUCUCGGCCGGAUCCAGUCCGAGGUGGUGGAGGUCCACAAGAUCAUACAGUCGAUACCGAAUGUUCCCGAGGACAUUGUAGGUGGUGACCUCAAGCACCAGGCUGACAUUCAGCGUGCGGCUUCCUUCUUCAACCCGGCCCUCUUCGACAAGCCGUUCGCGGAGCUGAAAGGGACCAAGGCCCCUGAGACUCUGGAAGACCAGGUCCGGACCCUGAACGCCAUGUUGCAGAUGUGUAAGAAACAGACCUACCUCACGGGGUGGAGGUGGGUGAGGCAGCCGGGUUCGGUCACCCAGGUGGAGGCUGAUGAAUGGUACGCUGGCUGGACGGACCUCGGCCACGAAGCCUUCACAUCGGCCAUGCACUCAGUGAACGCCAUCUUCGCCAAGCACGGAUUGGCGCAAUACAGCCUUCAGAUCCCGGAGAUGGACAUCUGGAACAUGGUGGGACCAACCAAGAACGAGGGCCAGAAGAAGUUUCAGAGGGGUUUUCCCCUGGUGCGCUCCAACCUCCGCAAGCGUGGCGAUUACCGGGCGGCCCGCCGCAAGGACUUCCUUGACCUGCGCCUGAAGGCUAAGUCGUGGAUGGAGGCAAGGGGGUUCGGAGAGCCGAAGUGCCCGGAGGAUUACGCGAUCAUCCUCCGCCGCAUGAGCUUCGAGGUCCACUGCAUGAACUUCCUGCACAACCCCAGCUGGCUCGAGGAUCUCCCGGAUGCCCCGGUCGUUGACUCCAAAGAAAGGCUUCGGCUGCGGGCGGAGUACGACCACAGAGUCACGCUGCCCAUCGAUUCCCUCCCGCUUGACCUCAAGGCCUUCUUAUCGGGCAAGCACAAGUGGGCAGCGUGGGUAAAGGCCCCGGACUUCGUGGACAAGCCCAACCGGAGGCAUUGGAUCCACAUGGAAUGUGGCAUGGUCCUCCCGGCCCUGUCAGGCUUCGACUACACCAGGGUUGGGUCGAGCAAGCGUUCCAAGAACCGUUAUGCCUGCACCCUUUGCAGGACCGAAUGGGGCCGGGACUCGGCGGAAGGCAAGUGGCUCAAGGGCCACGAGAUGCACGGCUGGCUCCUGGAGAUUUUCGAUGGCGAUGUGGUCCUGCAGGCCAUCGUCACGGCUCCACCGCAUGCAGAGCGCGAGAGGUGGAUCCAGGGGCGCAUGCUCUUCUGUCGGAAGUUCGAGGGCACGGCUCCGCUACUUGACGCGGCCCCACACAAGAUGCCGGGGCAGAAUCCCUUCCGCAUCCGUCUGGGCCCUGACGCUUCCACACAGCUGUGGCGUCUGGUCUUCUCGGAGCCCUCCUUGGAAGCUCUCCAAUCUUUGGAUGUCUUGGCUGAUGCGGUCAAGGAAGAGCUUAAGGCGGAUGUGGAGAUGAAGCCCGCGGCCUCCUAG